AUGGCAGCGAAAGCGACGGCCCAGGCACUGGUGCCACGGCUACGCCCGUUCUUAUCCCGCACCAUCCUGUCCCCGACACUGGCUUCCAACGAACUCGUGAACGCCCACCCCAACAAAGACAAGUUGCUGCAUCUUGGGUUUGGCCAAAGCCCCUUUCCCGUGCACCCGUCCCUGACGCAGGCGAUCGACGCUUUCCAGCACAACCAAUAUGAGCACACCUCGGGCACGGAGAGCCUUCGCAAGAGCAUUGCCUCGUUCUACGAACGCAAACACGGCCUUGAUCUUUCAAACUACGAUGUCAUUGUCACACCAGGCAGCAAGCUCGGUCUCUUUGCUCUUCAGGCUGCGAUUGAGGGCCCAACGUUGCUUCCGGUUCCGUCCUGGGUCAGCUACGAACCACAGAUGCACCUGCUUGGCCUGUCGGCCGUCAAGUUCAAAGCACUCUUGUCAGACGAGGGCAUGAGACUAGAUCCGCAAGCGAUGGCGGCUGCGAUUGAGGAGCACGUAGCAGCUGGCGGCGCUGCGCCAACGAAGAUGAUCAUCAACUCGCCAAACAACCCCACCGGCCUUGUCAUCUCAAACCCGCACGAAAUCGCACAGUUUGCUGCGGAGAACAACAUCGCCGUCAUCAGCGACGAGAUUUACGACGGCGUCACCCCGAACGGCGCAUGGUCCACAUUCGGUGCGCGCUAUGAGAUGAUGAUGAAGCCAAGCACGCGCCCCACCAACACGGUGUCACCGACGGGCCUGUCGAAGGUGUUUUCGCUGGGCGGCUGGCGCGUUGGUGUGCUCCUCGUCCCAAAGUCCAUGCAAGGUGCGUUCAGCGGUGUACUGCGCAGUGCCGGCAUCGACUGCCCGCGCCACCAGGGUAGCUUCUACCUCUACCCAAACUUCGACAAGUUCCGGGAGGCGUUGAAGCAGCAGCGCGGGAUUGAGACGAGCGACGAUCUUGCGCGCGCCCUCGUCAUGGACCGCAACCUCGUCACCCUCCCCGCAACCGCAUUCGGAGACAACGAGACGCUGAGUUUGCGGCUCGCGCUGUGUGACUAUGACGGCGGGAAGAUGCUCGAGCGCUAUGUGCGGGAUGGCCGACAGCUGAGCGACGCAGCCCUUGAGGAGGUGGCACCCCGUAUCCACGCCGCAGCACACGCCCUCGCCAACUUUGCAUCAUCCCUGUGAAGCUGUUGCACGAAACACAAAGCAACGCACAAUGCACCAACAAACCAUGAGCACACAACAGGCAAACAUCGCCACCAUAAACAACAAACAGUGCA